AUGGAGUUCAACCCCUUCUUCGAAACCCGCUUGGAAGUCGCUGGUGAUGGCCUGUUUGAGCUAGUCAUUCCACGGCCCCCCUCGCGUCAAUACCGCGCAGUCUUUCACACAUAUCCACAUCUGACAGAGUAUCAUACGGGUGACCAGUUUCGACCACACUCUUCAAAUCCAGGGCUGUCGCGAUAUGAGGGCCGGUGUGACGACAUAAUUUUCCUAAAGAAUGGGGAAAAACUCAAUCCGAUCGAUGCAGAGAAAUCAUUCGAGUUAGAUCCUCUCGUUGACCGAGCCAUUAUUCUAGGUCAGGAUCGAUUCCAGGUUGUCGUGCUUAUUGAGCCCUUGUGGAACGAGUUGCCUUCGGACUGGACGCCAGCAUGGUUUAGAGAAAAUCUGAAGCCGCGAGUAGACCGUGCCAAUUCCCUCCUACCGGCGCACAGUCAAGUCUUCUACAGCCAUGUUAUUUUCGCGUCUCGCGAUAUGCCUCUAGCCAGGGCUCCUAAAGGGUCACUGCGUCGCCGGGAAAUCGCUAGCACCCAAGGGUCCUUAAACCUGAACCGGGUCGAAACAGAGCAAUGGUUCCACGAUGUGGUUGGCCGGAUUCUGGGCCAGGACAAAGUCGGUUUAGACACAGAUGUCGUCGCAUUAGGAAUGGACUCAUUGCAAGCGAUUCGCCUUUCUCGGGCUUUGCAAGAUGCCACAGAGAAGAACGGCGUGACAGGAGGCCCUCCUUGGAUCCCAGCCACCAUAUACGAAAUGGCAACAGCUCGCCGAAUGACACAUGGGAAGGAUUGGAUCCCAGAGCUACGGGUUGCAUGCUGA